UAGUAUUGUUGGGUGUGGAUAAAUUAGUGCAUAGGCAUUUGCUGCACACACACAAAUGGCUUGUUGCUUCUCAAACACUGUAUCUUAUGGCUGGAAACUGAAAAGAAGCAGCCCGUACAGCUUGUUUGGCUGGAAUAUAGGAAGAACCAAAGAGGAUGCAAUGCCACAGACCAAGUACUAUGACACUGAUCUUCCAUUCCCACCUUCUCUGCUUGACAAAACAUUCUUAAGUGGUAGGGAACUCAAGUGUUGCUAUAAGGCCACAAUUGAUGGAUUUAGUGCAGCUAAUUUCCACAACUUCUGUGAUUUCAAGGGGCCAUGUGCCAUAAUUGGUUACACAAACAAGUCCUUCAAGUUUGGUGCAUUCAACCCUGAAGGCUACAGAAGCACAGACGAUUACUAUGACACCUUCGAUGCAUUCCUUUUCUACUGGACAGACAAUGACAUAACUGAUCCAAUUGUUUUGCCCAAAGUAGGAGGAAGUGGUGCAGCCCUUUUCGAUUAUGCUCGGGGUGGGCCGCAAUUUGGGGCCGAUGGGCUGCUUAUCGGACCACCUCUAGCGCCGGUUAUGGGCGGGUUUGCAGGCCCGGAUACUAAUUCGGGUAUUGGUGAUUUAAGGCAAGCUAAAUCUAGGUUAGGAUUGUCAUAUGCAAAGAGGGAAGAUGGGAAGGAGUCACUUUUUGGUGAUGAGUCUAGAGCAACCCUUGAAGAAGUUGAAGUUUAUUGUAGUCCUCAAAUUGCAAGCUUGUACUAAACUUAAAAAGGGUACAUAUAUAUACUGAGGCCUCGUUUGGCAGUUCGGACUA